CUGGGGCUAAGGAGGGCCCUGAGGCCCCGCGGCUCUCGGCUGGCCCAGGUCAGUCCCCUGGGCUCACCCUAACUCCCGGGGCGAGGGCAGCUGCCCCGCGGGCAGCAAAACCCAACCCAAGCCGGUGCUGCAGGCAGGGAGGCGGCUCGCGCGGUGCGGGGGAGCCGUGUCCAUCUGAGCACCGUGCACCGCCUGCAGUGCCCACCAAGUCCCGUGGCUGGGGGCGUCCACGGGGUGCACCGGGCGGGUGGCCAGGCUUGGCGGCAGCUGCGCGAAGCCCCAGGCUGGCUGCUUCGGAAGCCCCUGAUCCCAUGGAGGAGUGGGACGUGCCACAGAUGAAGAAAGAGGUGGAGAGCCUCAAGUACCAGCUGGCCUUCCAGCGGGAGAUGGCAUCCAGGACCAUCCCCGAGCUGCUGAAGUGGAUCGAGGAUGGGAUUCCCAAAGACCCCUUCCUGAACCCCGACCUGAUGAAGAACAACCCAUGGGUGGAAAAGGGCAAAUGCACCAUCCUGUGAGCCCCGCACCCAGCCCCUCUCACACCAUCCUGUGAGACCGUGCCUGGCCCCACUCACUCCAUCCUGUGAGCCUGCGCCCGGCCCUACUAGCUCCAUCCUGUGAGACCACACCUGGCCCCACUCCCACCAUCCUGUGAGCCCCACUCCUGGCGUCACUCACUCCAUCCUGUAAGCCUGCCCCCAGCCCCACUCACACCAUCCUGUGAGCCCCACUCCCAGCCCCACUCACUCUAUCCUGUGAGACCACUCCUGGCCCCACUCACACCAUCCUGUGAGACCACACCCGGCCCCACUCACUCUAUCCUGUGAGACCACUCCUGGCCCCACUCAUACCAUCUUGUGAGACCACGCCCGGCCCCACUCACUCUAUCCUGGAGCCCCCCCCGGCCCCACUCACUCUAUCCUGUGAGCCCCACUCCCGGCCCCACUCGCACCAUCCUGUGAACCCCACUCCGCUCGUGUGAUAACAGUCUGUAAAGGUGUGACUUUAUAAAGACA